CUAGACGCGAGGAAAAAACGAGACAACCACAAACGACAGCGAAUGCCCAAGCGAGAUGAUUGUGCCGGCUCCUUGAUGACCCCAGGGGAGAUAGGUCUUGGUAAAAUGGCGUUGGGGUUGAUGGCAUCCAGAGAACAGUGGAUGCUCGCUGGAGACAUCACUGGAGCGAACGACAUACACACAGAAACGUCGGGUUGGGGGACUCUUCGCCAUUUAUUUUCCAAGCCCCAGCGGGAGGAAGAGAUUAGAAUGAGCCACGGCAUGCGGGCAUCAUUAACGCCAACCUUUAACCGUCCCUCUCAUCCUCUUCACGUCUGUCUGUCUUAUGGAGGAGAUGAGGCAAACCCUCUUCUCCCUCCAGUAGUCCCUCUGGCUUUAUGA